GAGCUCCCCUCUGGUCCGGUCGAGGAGUUCCCGGCAGACACCGCGCCGCGGCUGCGCAGAAGCGGGGAGGCUUUUAAUUCCAUUGUGGAGAGGACGGCGUUAUUUUUAUUAACUGGAGGCGACGGCGGCUGCGGCGGCGGCGGAACCCCCAGGCCUCCUCCGGGGUAUGAAAAUCGGCAGCGGGUUCCUCAGCGGCGGCGGCGGUCCCGGCAGUAGCGGUGGUAGCGGCUCCGGCGGCAGCUCCGGCGGCGGCGGCGGCGGCGGCGGCGGCAGCGGCAGGAGAGCAGAGAUGGAGCACACCUUUCCCCAGGGUAUGGUUAUGUUCAACCACCGGCUCCCCCCGGUCACCAGCUUCACCCGGCCGGCGGGGACGGCCGCCCCUCCCCCGCAGUGCGUGUUAUCCUCCUCUACCUCCGCAGCCCCGGCCGCAGAGCCCCCCCCUCCGCCAGCCCCGGACAUGACUUUCAAGAAGGAGCCGGCGGCGUCAGCCGCGGCCUUCCCUUCGCAGAGGACCUCCUGGGGAUUCUUGCAGUCCUUGGUGAGCAUCAAACAGGAGAAACCUGCGGAUCCCGAGGAACAGCAGUCCCACCACCACCAUCACCACCACCACUAUGGGGGGCUGUUCGCUGGGGCCGAAGAGAGAUCACCAGGCCUAGGAGGCGGGGAAGGGGGGAGCCACGGCGUCAUCCAAGACCUCAGUAUUCUCCACCAGCAUGUCCAGCAGCAACCAGCCCAGCACCACCGUGAUGUAUUAUUGAGCAGCAGCAGCAGCAGCAGGACUGAUGACCAUGGCAACGAGGAGCCAAAGCAGGACACUAACGUCAAAAAGGCAAAGAGGCCAAAGCCAGAAUCUCAGGGAAUCAAAGCCAAGAGGAAGCCAAGUGCAUCUUCCAAACCUUUGGUUGGAGAUGGAGAAGGUGCCGUCCUCUCCCCAAGUCAGAAACCUCAUAUCUGUGAUCACUGUAGUGCUGCUUUUAGGAGCUCCUAUCACCUGCGGAGACAUGUCCUCAUCCACACGGGAGAAAGACCUUUCCAGUGCAGCCAGUGUAGUAUGGGUUUCAUUCAGAAAUACCUACUGCAGAGACACGAGAAAAUUCACAGUAGAGAGAAACCCUUUGGAUGUGAUCAGUGCAGCAUGAAGUUUAUUCAGAAGUACCAUAUGGAGAGACACAAGAGGACACAUAGUGGAGAAAAGCCAUAUAAGUGUGACACUUGCCAACAGUAUUUUUCAAGGACUGACAGAUUGUUGAAGCACAGGCGCACAUGUGGUGAAGCCAUAGCAAAAGGAGCCGCUAGUGCAGAUCCUGGGUCAUCGAACCAUAAUAAUAUGGGUAAUCUGGCUGUGUUGUCUCAGGGAAAUACAAGUUCUUCAAGGAGAAAAUCCAAGUCCAAAAGCAUAGCUAUUGAAAAUAAGGAACACAAGACUGGCAAAGCAAAUGAAUCACAAAUGUCAAACAAUAUAAACAUGCAGAGUUACUCAGUAGAAAUGCCUACUGUGUCUACCAGUGGAGGCAUAAUUGGCACUGGGAUAGAUGAACUGCAGAAAAGGGUGCCAAAAUUGAUCUUUAAGAAAGGAAGCAGAAAGAGUACAGAUAAAAGCUACCUUAAUUUUGUGUCACCAUUACCAGAUGUCGUUGGACAGAAAUCCUUGUCUGGUAAACCAGGUGGCUCACUUGGCAUAGUGUCGAAUAACAGUGUCGAGACCAUUGGUCUCCUCCAGAGUACCAGUGGUAAACAAGGUCAGAUAAGUAGUAAUUACGACGAUGCCAUGCAGUUUUCGAAGAAGAGAAGAUACCUACCAACUGCCAGCAGCAACAGUGCCUUUUCUAUCAACGUGGGCCACAUGGUCUCCCAACAGUCGGUCAUUCAGUCUGCAGGUGUCAGUGUUCUGGACAGUGAGGCACCCUUGUCACUUAUUGACUCCUCAGCUCUAAAUGCUGAAAUCAAGUCUUGUCACGACAAGUCUGGAAUUCCUGAUGAGGUUUUACAAAGUAUUUUGGAUCAGUACUCCGGCAAAUCAGAAACGCAGAAGGAGGACCCUUUCAAUUUAACAGAACCACGAGUGGAUUUACACACCUCAGAACACUCAGAAUUGGUUCAAGAAGAAAAUUUGAGCCCAGGCACCCAAACACCUUCAAAUGAUAAAACAAGCAUGUUACAAGAAUACUCCAAAUACCUCCAGCAGGCUUUUGAAAAAUCGACUAACGCAGGCUUCACUCUUGGACACGGUUUCCAGUUUGUCAGUCUGUCUUCACCUCUCCACAACCACACACUGUUUCCAGAAAAACAGAUAUACACUACAUCUCCUUUGGAGUGUGGGUUUGGCCAAUCUGUUACCUCAGUGUUGCCAUCUUCAUUGCCAAAGCCUCCUUUUGGGAUGUUGUUUGGAUCUCAACCAGGUCUUUAUUUAUCUGCUUUGGAUGCUACACAUCAGCAGUUGACACCUUCCCAGGAGCUGGAUGAUCUGAUAGAUUCUCAGAAGAACUUAGAGACAUCAUCAGCCUUCCAGUCCACAUCUCAGAAAUUGACUAGCCAGAAGGAACAACAGAAAAACUUAGAGUCCUCAACAAGCUUUCAGAUUCCAUCUCAGGAGUUAGCUAGCCAGAUCGAUCCUCAGAAAGACAUAGAGCCUAGAACAACGUACCAGAUUGAGAACUUUGCACAAGCAUUUGGUUCUCAGUUUAAGUCGGGCAGCAGGGUGCCAAUGACCUUUAUCUCUAACUCUAAUGGAGAAGUGGACCAUAGAGUAAGGACUUCAGUGUCAGAUUUCUCAGGGUAUACAAAUAUGAUGUCUGAUGUAAGUGAGCCAUGUAGUACAAGAGUAAAGACACCCACCAGCCAGAGUUACAGGUAAGGUCUCAAGAGUGACCAGGCUGGGAGUCUUCUAAUGUAAUUUUGUUUUAUUUUGAGAACACUGCCAUUGGAAUGUUUCUACACGAUCCUAUUAAGAAUAAUGUAAUGCCCUUUCAAUGCAACUUUUCAUAUUUAGUUUAUUUUGUUAGUGUGAUUUUAGCUGUUUGUAUUAUGAUUUUUAAUCAAAAUCAAUAGAUUAAAAAUAGUUUGACAUUCAAAGUGACAAUGUUUAGCAAUCAAAUUUACUUGUAUAGAUUGUCAGGGAAUAGCCCAAAAGUUUUAAAUGCAAAAAAAACAAAAAAACAAAAACUACAGAAAAAAAAAAAAGAAAAGAAAAGAAAAAAGAAAAAAAACUUUGUUGAUAGGAUUAAGGUUAUUCUAAUUGCUUUACUCUCAGGAAAGUGUAAUAACGCAUGGGAAUUCUGUACGUUAUCACCGUAAUGGAAUAUCCAAUUUACAGAUAGUAUGAUACACAUUUCAUUGUUUAAGUUAAGGGAUCUUAAACAUUUCAGAUUGCUCUUUCUGGGCUGAUAGAAUAUACAUUUCAUCAUUUAAGUAAGGGAUCGAAAACAUUUCAAAUGCUAUCUCUGUCUGGGCUGAUCCAAAAUUCUGAGAUUGUUGGCUACCUAUAUUUUGUUGCAGCUUUUAAAUAUACUCCAAACUUCCAAACCCACAUUCAUUCCAGCUUGGUAGAACAAAUAUUCUUGGAUCUUUGAUCAAAGCCUGGAAUGAUAGCUUUAAUAAAAGAAAGAGGAAAAAAAAAAAAGCACCCUCUUUAUCCAACUGUAACAAGGCUGUAAUUCCAUUAAGUGAUUCUGUUAAUGUCUAGUACAGUGUUAAAACCCAAGUGGUUGGUUGGUUUCAGUAUUAGAAAGUAAGUUGGAUUUGCAUAAUACAUUGAAAUUUGGGGUAUGCAUUAUUCAUUAUACAUGGCCUAAAACAUUUUCUCACUUGUGCUAUUACUUACCAUCUUCACUUCUGGUUUUUUGGUACUUGUUCUUAACUUCCUCUUAAAGUUCUAGGCCUUCUUGUUCCUCCUCCCUGUCGUGAUGGUUUCAAUUUUAGAGUGAUUUAUCAUCUAGUAGAUAAUUGAUUAUGCAUUUUAUAUGUCUUAUGGCAUCUAAAUACUAAACAAUAGGGUAAACAUCCCUGACAUCACCUUUUUUUUUUUUUUUUUUUUUUAAUUAAACAAACCCAAUACAGAUGUCCAUGUACAAGCUAUAGAUAUAAAGGGUUGUAAUUCCACCUGGUAGCAUAGCUUGUGUAACAGAUAAGAGUGUAUUUUCUAAUGCCAUCAGAACUCUUGGUGAAAUUGCAGCCUUUAGUGUACAUUUUGAAGGGGUGUAUUAGUCAGUAUUGUACAGGGAUCUUGUCAUCAGAACUUGCUAUGAACGCUAAUUGCCAUUUGAAGCUGCUGAUAGGCAGUGGCUCUGCUCUAAACCACUUUUUAGCAAUUGUAUUUUUUUUCCUGAUUAUAUUUUUAAUGUACUUUGAUGUUUAUGCUGAUGAGUUUUUUAUGUACUUUUGGUGAUGUUUCAGUCUUAUGAACUCUUCUGACGUCAGAAAAGUACCACUGGUUGUUUGCAGUCUUAUUGUGUAAUCAGCCUACCACAGGCUCCCAUGUAUAAUAAAGUAAUUAAUAUUGUGCAAGUGUAAAACACUUCUGUUAUAAAAGCAGUGUUUUGAAAAUAAGAAAUUAUUAAAAAAUGGUUACAAAAUACUAGUUAAUUCCCUUUUCCCACCUUCCUUUAGCUUUAGUUAGCUAAAGGGUACCAACUUGUCAUUGAAAGAUUCUUAGAAAAUGUGUUUAAUUCUUUUACUACACUCAGUACUAAAAUGUCUGUAUGUCUUACUAAGUGCAGUAAGUUCUGUUGGGUACAGAGACAAGUGUGAUCAAAGGAUGGAGAGGACCUUUACCCCUGUAUCUCUUAAGCUGUAUGAUUUCUCUCUCUCUCUCUCUUUUGUUUUAUACAGGUUUUGAAUUUCUUUAACUUUUAUUGUGUGUACUGAAUACUACAUAUGUAUUAUUCUGAUUGUUUGCUCUAGUUUACUACCAAUAAAAGUCCUGUUAAUCACAAAAAUUGAAGAAAGGAGAUAUCACUUAGUCAUAUUUUUCAGUUUUCUGUGGAUUACAUUUCAUAAAAUAGUCACAUUAAUGGUAUAAAUUGUAAUUUAGGAGCUUGCAUUUUUUAUUGUAUUUUUAAUGUACUUUGUCUUUCUAGGUUUAUAUGAAAAUGCAUUGAAUAUUUUGUGUGAGGUGCACAAUAAUAUAAAGAAUAGAAAUCUAAUAUGUAAAUUAUACUAUAUUGAAACUAGGUUAACCAUCCUAAAUAUUAUUCUAGGGAGAGUAUUUAUUUAAAUAGAGAGGCUCUAUUUAAAAUCAUAUCGCAGUAUUUUGGCUCAAGGUGUUAUAUAUCCUUUUGCCUCAAAGGGUUAUAAUAAAAUUACAGAAUGAUGGAUUAAAAUGGUCUUGAGCAUUUUUAGUAAGAAAAAGAAUGAAAUUGCAGUUAACGUGUUAAGAAAUUGAGGGCGUAGAUAUAGAAGGAAAAGAUGAAAUUGUAAUAUAGAAGAUGCAGUAAAGGUAUUUGAAGUAAAUACUAACUUUAAAUGAUAAAAGAAGCUGAACCUGGUGGCCAUGCCCUUUGUCCCAGCACUCGGGAGGCAGAGGCAGGUGAAUCUCUUGAGUUCAAGGCCAGCCUGAUCUACAGACUGAGUUUCAGCCCAGCCAGGGCCACACUAGGACCUUAUCUAAAAGAAAAAGUUGCACAUCAGAAAACUUGUGUGAGGUUUAGUGGUAUGGAUAUUGAUAACUAAGAGUGAAAACACCGAAGGUAGAAUGCUCUUAGAGGCUGUGUGCAUGUGUAAUGAUACAGAAUUGAUAGUUAAGGUAAGCAUGGCCUGUGCCAUUAGAAGGUAGGAUAGCUUGUUCUGCCAUAGUUACUCCACACUUGGUUGUCUCUUGGAGUUGAGUGCUAAGCAGAAACCUCACUCAAUCUUAGGUGACUCCAGUUACCCGAUUCCCUGCACAGCUUGUUUUCCCCAGAUUAGCUCAAAACAGAUAAGAAUUUCAAAACCCACUUGCUUGCCUUCUGUUUUCCUUUUAUGGAAUGUAUAUAUUGAUUCUAUAUAUCAUAUCAAAUGAUGUCAUCAAACGUAUGAUAAAUUUGAUCAUUUUAAUUAAAAACCUUUUAAAGACAUUAGACUAUGUGUGGGCUGGGAAUAUAGUUGAUAGAGUUCUUGCCCAGCCUGUUUUAUCUCUAACCAAAUAAGCAAGUACUAGGGAGAUGGAGGCAGAUAAGUUAAGGGUCAUCUCUGGCUACAUAGGUUUGAGGCCUGCCUAGGCUACAUGAGGCCCUGUCUUGAAAAGAAGGCAUUAGGUGUGAGGUAGAGGGCAAUGCUGUGGGUUUCUGUUGAAAUACACAGACAGUGGUAACUAUCUUUCAGCAAUUAUUGAGCAGUAGUUUGUGAGGUAAUUUUAUGAGAACAGAAUAAUGUGCUUAACUUUUUAAGUAUUGCAAACAUGAUACAAACAUCUACCUCAGAUUUCAUGUAUUGCACUAAUUAGGCAGAAGUUCUUGUCCAUUUUAAUAUGGUUUUCAUCCCUGAUAAUCAGCAUUUUAUAAUUAACUUUAGUGACCUUUCAGCCUGGCUGGGUGACAGUCUGAGCAGCUAACCUCAUAUAUAACCCUUAGCCUCUAAAUUCAUAGGUUCUUGUUGAGCCGAACUUCCCUGAAGAGAGAAGGGGGAAAAAUUUCAACUACCAACUAUUUUUAGAGUAAAACCUUCUAAAGGCUAUCAUUUUCUGAGUUUAGUGGUCUCAUGUUCUCAGUAGAUACAGAAUGAUAGGAUGUAGUUCUCACGACACAGGGCAGGACUGCCAGUGCCGCGAUGGGUCCCCAGCUGCUGAAGGUAGUGUCCACAGUGUCAUGGAGAGAGGGAUCUGGGCAGUUGAUUAAUCUGCUUGUACCCUCUGAGAUGCUAGAGUUCCUGGUGGGUUUUUAUGUUGUUAUUUUUUAUGUCCUUAAUUUAUUCCUUAGAACGAGCAGCAUUGAAGGUAGUGCCUUGGGAUUCUGUUGUCUUAACCCUUGACUUAAAAAAAAAAAGAAAGAAUUUGACACUUAGUUUUAAUGAGGGCAUUACCUUUAUGAGGACAUACACUUUUAAAAUUCUGCUUUGCUUUUUGUUUUACUUAAAUAUAUAUUUGAAUGUGACUAACUUAUGUAGGUUCUAAAUUGUUUUUUGUUGUUUUGUUUUUUGAAACUGUUUCUCUGUUGGAACUCUAGACCAGGCUGGCCUGGAAGGGUUCUAAGUUCUUAAUGUUACAGCUUAUGCAGUGAAAUACUACCUAGCAGUUUGGGGUUCACAGACGGGGCACUUGGUAGGGUCACUGCCUCCCUAAGUGCACAUUAGUGGAAAUACAUCUGCACAUGGUGAUUUACAAGUCAGUCAACAAGCAUAUAUCUCAUGUACGGACACCUAUUAAGAAUCCCUUCCUUAGAAGAUGCCUAUAUUCUGAAAUUUUAUUGUACAAAUAAAAAAUUAAUACCUGAAAUGUAUCCAGUGAUAAAUUUCUUCAUCUGCAGCUUAUUUCCUCACUGUGGGAGACGUUUAGGUUAUAGAAAGCCUUGAGGUUGGGUGAUACACCAGUCAAGCAGUAAGUUGUGUAGAACUUGGGGGUCCUUUGCAUACCUUCUCAUCUCACCUUGCAGGUGCUUAGGCUUGACAGUGUUUUCAUCAACAGAAAUGUUAGCAGUAUAAUCAUUGGCCAAUUCUGGAAGUUCUUUAGUUGUACAGAAGCAGAUUCUGGCAGAUACUGGCAGAUGUGCAAGCAAACACAACCAGCCCAUACCGUUUUAUGUAACAGGAGUCAGAUUAUACUCACCAUAGCCCACAUGUGACUAGCUGGGCUGAAAUGUGCAAGAUAAGACGUGAAAAGCAUGCUAUAUUUUGAAAUAGGCCAUUCUUGGGAAGUGUAAAUAAGUAGCUGAGGGGAAAGUUGAUGAUUUAGACCUUACACUCCCAAGGGGAAGAUUUGUGUUUUCUCUGUAUUUAUAGAGAAUAAAGGAAGAAUGAGUAGGGGUUGAGUAUAAGGGAUAGCUUAGAAGU